AUGGAAAUAGCUCGUUCCAUAUGGAACUACUAUCAUUUGCUCACUGUUCAAGAAUUAACAGAUCUGUGCGACCUGGCUGAUAGGUUGAAAUUUGCCGCUUCUGCAACUGAUUAUGAAACGUCGUGGAUAGCUAGCUUGCGUGCUAUGAUCCAACAAAAGAUGCAGUAUCAGCCUGCUGAAGCCGCCCAAACACAACCAGCAGCUGCCCCGCAGCCAGCUGCAACUAGUGCGCAAUCCACGUAUGACAGUACUCAGACUGGUUCACAACAAGCUGAUCUUAAUACAACAGACGAUGCCGUCACUGCUCCUGAGCCUGAACUUUCAUCGUCGAGAAGGUCAAGAUCCGAAUCCCUAGCUGCUGAAGCACGUGACUGGCAUGCGCAGCGUCAAGAUCCUCUGCAGAUGAGCCCAGUAGCCCCACCACCGGAAUCUGUGAUUAACACCGCAGUAGAAGACAUUGAAGGCCCCACUUCUCGUUCUCGCACUCAAAGCAAUGCUAGUCAUGCCAGUCAGCAACGAUACGUGAUGGAUCCUUAUUCGAACGAAGCUUACAUGCAACCACCCUCUAUACCAUCCAAUGUAGUAACAGCACAGCAGCGACAAGGUAGCAUGGAUGAAGGGUAUACAAAUUCGGAUGACACUAGCGCACGUUCUACUUUGGAAAGUACUCCGAGUCAUCAUGCUGAUGCUUUAGCGGCCCAGCAACCGAUGCCGGACCUUUCGCAUUAU